AUGUCACAAAAACACCUGAAAGAAGCCUUUAUCAGCAACUUAAACGGAACUAGUUUGCUGGAAAUUUCACUCGGCUUGUCUCUAGCUCCACUGUGCCUGCUUUGCAGAGGACUCCUCUUGAUUUUAUACUACCUGCACUAUGGGAAACCUUUAAGUUCCAGGAAAUAUAGCCUGCUGCUAGACUUCCUUGUGCUAGUAUCGCCUCUCCUGUUCUCCUGUACAGUCUUGUCUCCGAUCGUCUUUUUCAUGCCAACUAUCACUGCAGCCUUCUGUGCCGCAAUAUUUUGUCAAAUAUACAGCCAAAGAAAACAUAAGACCAGAGUGCCUUUUAGGCAAAUUGUAAAAGACUUCCAGAAGACAUACUUGGAUCCAGAAUACAUUCCAGCAAUAACGGUGUUCCGUGUUUAUGUCAAUGUGUUGACAUCAAUCAGCAUUUUAGCAGUGGAUUUCCCGCAGUAUCCAAGGCGAUACGCCAAGGUUGAGACCUAUGGAACAGGAAUUAUGGAUUUGGGGGUUGGAGCUUUUACUUUUGGUAAUGCUCUCGUCUGUCCUGAAGUUAGACAAAAGUCUUAUGUGACACAACCAAAAUUUUCCAGUCUGGCCAGGCAGUUCUUUUCCGUUUGGCCAUUGAUUUUUCUUGGCUUUGGACGACUGCUUAGUGUGAAAUCCAUAGAGUAUCAUGAACAUACUUCAGAGUAUGGAGUGCACUGGAAUUUUUUCUUUACCUUAGCAUUUGUGAGGCUUGCAGCAUCUCUACUUUUAGCUGUAUUUCCAAAAAAUAAUUCUUGGAUUGUUGCUAUAAAUCUCGCUGUACUUUAUCAGCUUAUUCUUAACACUACCUCUCUGAAGUUGUUUAUCCUGCAUGGGAGCAACGGCAGAGAUACUAGGGUUGGCUUUUUAAAUGCCAACAGGGAAGGACUGCUCUCUCUUUUCGGAUAUCUAGCCAUAUAUAUGGCGAGCGUCCAAGUGGGACUCUGGCUGCUGAAGUGCAGAAACUCAGUCAAAGGCUGGAUUGAAGCCGUGUGUUUCUCGCUGCUGGCAGUUCUCGUGCUCUUUGUGUUUCUUCACGUGUCGCAAACAUAUGCAGACCCUGUGUCCCGCCGGAUGGCGAAUCUGUCCUACUGCAUCUGGGUGCUUGCUCACUGCCUGAUGUUCUUCAUCUGUUUUGUAGUGACUGAUCUCAUGCUGGUGUUCACAAAGCUGCUGGUGAAGGGGUCCAGCGUGCCCUGUUGCUGGAACGUUGUGAAGCCGCCUAGUACUAGUAAAGAGCGUGAAAGGGAGGCCCUGCCUAUUGGAAGGGAAGGCAAGCCGUCGCACAUUUGCCUGAUCAGCGCGAUUAAUAAAAAUCAAUUACUAUUUUUCUUGCUAGCAAAUGUUAUGACUGGUACUGUGAAUAUACUGAUAGAUACAAUCCACAGCAAGACUGCAUUUACAUUAUGUAUACUACAUUUGUAUAUGUUUUUCAACUGUUUAAUUAUGUAUAUAUUGCAUGCCAAAAAUAUAGUAUUAAAGUUUUGGUGA